GCACGCACGGCGCACGCGCUGAGCCCAUUCAUCUGUGCGACAUCAGUUUGCGCUGUUGUUCCAUGUUCUCUGCGAAGAAUUGUGCCAUUAUUUGACUUGUUCACCGCUAACGGACCGAAUACCUUGCCGGGGAAAGAAUCUGACCCGAAGGUUAUAGCUUGUCAUGCCUUGGACAGCCGAAAGCCCUCCAUUGAAGGGCGAAGAUGACUUCUGGAUUGAAGAAGAAUACGUGCCUACGCCUCCACAGCCAACCUAUGACUCCAGACACCACAUCGGUGGUGGCGAAAACCGUGGCAGAGAAUCUGGCUGGGGCCAGAGCCGAUCGAACCGGGAAGGACGCAGUCAGCGGUCAGGUGGUGUGCACAAUUGGAGGCAAGGUCCUGAUGGGAGUACCGAUACUGAGCUGAUGGUUGUGCCUGCAAAAGAAGUUGGCAGGAUCAUUGGCAAGGGUGGCUCCAAAAUCCGUGAGCUUCAGGAUGCCAGUGGUGCACGAAUCAAAGUUUUGCGAGACAACGAAGAGGAGGCCUACAGUAGCUCACAUGAGGCCAAGAUUGAGCUUACAGGCACUGUGGAAGUACGUCGGAAGGCGCAGCAGCUUAUUGAGGAGCUCAUCUAUCCACCAGGAACAGGCACACGCUUCAGCAAGAGGGAAGGUGAGCCGAACCGAGAAGAGCCGCUGCCUUUCAUUGACUGGGCCAAGUUGAUUGCCGAAAGCGAUGAGCAGCGUGAGAAGCGUUGGGCCUCUCUUCCACCAAUUGUUAAGAACUUCUACAUUGAAGAUCCUGAAGUUGCGUGUAUGUCUGCAGAGGAUGUUGAAGCCUUCAGGUUGACCAACAACAACAUAGUUGUCAAGUAUUUGGGCCCUGAAGAACAGGCACCUGUUAACAUUGCAAGCAACCCCGUAACAACAUUCGAACAAGCAUUUUCCAACUAUCCGGAAAUCUUGAAUGAAAUUUACAAGAACCAGUUUGUGAAGCCAUCGCCAAUUCAGAGUCAAGCCUGGCCCAUCCUGCUCCAAGGUCAAGACCUCAUUGGUAUUGCACAGACAGGCACAGGCAAGACUCUGGCAUUCCUCUUGCCAGCCAUGAUCCACAUUGACAGCCAGCCUGUACCCAGGGAGGAGAGGACAGGCCCGUCAUGUCUGGUUCUUGCUCCAACGCGCGAACUGGCUCAGCAGAUUGAGCGUGAAGCCAAGAAAUACAACUAUCGAGGCAUUAAGUGUGUCUGCAUUUAUGGAGGUGGCAACCGGCGAGAACAGAUCCAGACAGUCAACCUUGGAGUGGAGAUAGUCAUUGCAACCCCCGGGCGCCUCAAUGAUCUUGUCAUGAACAAUAUCAUCGACCUCAAAUACGUCACAUUUUUGAUCUUGGAUGAAGCAGACCGCAUGCUGGACAUGGGCUUUGAGCCACAGAUCAAGAAGGUGCUACUGGACAUACGGCCGGACCGACAGACAGUCAUGACUAGUGCCACCUGGCCGGAAGGUGUGCGCCGCCUUGCACAGCAGUACAUGAACAACCCUUUCCAGGUGUUUGUCGGCUCCCUCGAUCUGGCUGCUGUGCACACAGUGACCCAGACUAUCAUCCUCUGUGAUGAAAAUGAAAAGCGGCAAGAGCUUCUCGCUUUUCUAGAGUCCAUGCAGCCCGAUGACAAAGUGAUUGUCUUUUUAGACAAGAAAGUCAUGGUGGACCUCCUGUCGAGUGAUUUUGUCUUGUCUGGCAUCAACUGCCAAUCCAUUCAUGGUGACAGGGAGCAGUGUGACCGGGAGCAAGCACUCGAGGACCUUCGAAGUGGAGCAGUGCGAAUUCUCAUUGCCACCGAUGUUGCAGCCCGAGGUUUGGACAUCAAAGAUGUAACGCACAUUUUCAAUUAUGAUUUCCCUCGAAAUAUAGAAGAGUACGUCCAUCGAGUGGGCCGCACAGGUCGAGCUGGGCGUCGCGGUGAGUCAAUCACAUUAGUAACCCGUGAGAACUGGAGACAAGCUCGUGAGCUGAUCAGUAUAUUGGAAGAAGCUAACCAAGAUGUUCCUCAAGCUCUGUAUACAAUGGCCGACCGCUUUGAUGCCUGGAAAAAACGACGCGACGAGGAGAACCGUGCUUUUGGAAUGGACAGAGGUGGCAGACGAGGUCGUUGUCAACGCUCUCGGUGGUAAGAGGACACUCACGGUCAACCCUUGAAGUGCUUACAACCAUUUUCAACAUUGUUCAUAGCUGUGUCCUUGGACUCUGUACUAACAGUUGGUCAAACACUGCACAUCUUGCAUUGUCUACAUUCCUUAAAUAUGUUGCCUCUUAGUGCAUUAAAGACAUUGGAACAUUAAAGACGUGUCGUGUG